CGGCACGCCGCCUCCGCAGCCGGGGCUCCGGCGCGACUCCGGCACCGAGUCCCACUCCCGCGGGCGGCGCGUAGGGAGGCGAUCGAUCGCUGCCCUCCGGGAACCCGCAGGCUUCAGCUCGGGGUCGCACGGCCGCCGAGCCGCCUCCGGCCGGGCCCGCCUGAGGCCUCGGAGCGGGGACCAUGAAAGUGAGGUCAGCCGCUGGUGACGGAGAUGCGCUGUGUGUCACAGAAGAGGAGCUGGCUGCUGACGACGAGGACAUGCCGUCCUUCCCGUGCACACAGGAGGGCCGGCCGGGACCCCGCUGCAGCCGCUGCCAGAAGAACCUGUCUUUGCACACGUCCGUGAGGAUUCUUUACCUCUUCCUGGCCCUGCUCCUGGUGGCCGUGGCCGUGCUGGCCUCUCUGGUCUUCAGGAAAGUGGACUCUCUCUCAGAAGACCUCUCCCUGGCCCAGGCCAUGUAUGACAAGAAACUCAUGUCUAUGCAGAAAAAUCUCCAAGGGCUGGAUCUGAAAGCCCCGAACAACUGCUCUUUCUGCCACGAGGCUGGGCUGCUGGGGCAAGAGAUCAGAAAACUGCAGGCGGAGCUGGAGGGAAUUCAGAAGAUGCUUCUAGCUCAGGAGGUCCAGCUACACCAGACCUCCCAGACCCACGACCUGCUCUCCACCACCAGCGGUCAAAUCUCCCAGGAGAUGGGCAGUUGUUCCUUCUCCGUCCACCAGAUCAACCAGUCUCUGGGGCUCUUCUUGGCCCAGGUGAGAGGCUGGCAGGCCACCACUGCUGGCCUGGACCUGUCUCUGAAGGAUCUCACCCAGGAGUGCUACGACGUCAAGGCGGCGGUACACCAGAUCAACUUCACCGUGGGGCAGACCUCCGAGUGGAUCCAUGGGAUCCGGCGGAAGACGGAAGAGGAGACCCUGACCCUCCAGAAGAUGGUCACCGACUGGCAGAACUACACGCGGCUCUUCGGCAGCCUGCGCACCACCUCUGCCAAGACCGGAGACGCGGUGAGGAGCCUCCAGGCCACCCUGGGGGCCUCGUCCCAGCGCAUCAGCCAGAAUUCCGAGAGCCUGCAUGAUCUGGUGCUGCAGGUCAUGGGCUUGCAGCUGCAGCUGGAUAACAUCUCGUCCUUCCUGGAUGACCACGAGGAGAACAUGCACGACCUGCAGUACCACACGCGCUACGCCCAGAACCGCACGGUGGAGAGGUUCGAGACGCUGGAGGGACGCAUGGCCUCGCACGAGAUCGAGAUCGGCACCAUCUUCACCAACAUCAACGCCACGGACAGCCACGUGUAUAGCAUGCUCAAGUACCUGGACGACGUCCGGCUCUCCUGCACCCUGGGCUUCCACACCCAGGCCGAGGAGCUCUACUACCUGAAUAAGACCGUCUCCCUCAUGCUGGCCGCCACCGACCUGCUCCGGGAGCGCUUCGGCCUGCUCAGCGCCCGCCUGGACCUCAACGUCCGCAACCUGUCCAUGAUCGUGGAGGAGAUGAGGGCCGUGGACACACGGCACGGGGAGAUCCUGCGGAACGUCACCAUCCUACGAGGUGCCCCCGGCCCUCCAGGACCCAGAGGACUCAAGGGAGAUGUGGGCGUGAAAGGACCUGCUGGUGGCAAAGGACCUAAAGGAGACCCCGGCAGCUGGGGGCCCCCAGGACCCCAGGGUCCUCAGGGGCAGCCUGGGGAGCCUGGGCCUGCGGGGGAAAGGGGGCCAGUUGGCCCAAGGGGUUUCCCAGGCAUCAAAGGGUCAAAGGGCAGCUUCGGAACUGGGGGCCCAAGAGGACAACCGGGCCCCAAAGGGGAUGUGGGGCCCCCAGGGCCAGAGGGCCCCCCAGGAUCUCCAGGGCCAGAGGGGCCUCAGGGAAAACCAGGGAUCGCUGGGAAGACAGGGUCACCAGGCCAGCGGGGGCCCAUGGGGCCGAAGGGUGAACCAGGGAUCCCGGGUCCCCCUGGCUUCCCCGGGCCCCCAGGCCCACCAGGAAGCCAGAGCAGCUACUGAGGAGAAGUCCAAUCCCAGAAACCGCCACACAAAAGGCAGGGAGUGGGCUUUGGCAGAGAGAGGCCCCUAUAAAGCCACACCUACAGACAUGUGGUCCUUUGACCCCAAAGGGGGUUCCCCCAGGCCUGUCCCUGCACCUCGGGGCUCCCCAGUAGUGACUUACCAUAGAAAGCAGCCCCUUACACACACACACACACACACACACACACACACGUGCAUCUCCCUGCUGGCCAGGGCAGCUGACUGGGUUUCCCUGGCUGGGCGGGAGGAGAGGUUAAGAGAAGCGCCCUCUCCCGUGACGAGCCUGCCAGGGAGGUGGCUACCUCGGGGGGACAGUCUGCACUCCGGCUCUGAAUGGAUGGCCAACGCCAGUCUUUCUAGCAUCUUCACCCCAUCCUAGCUGGCUGGCAGUUCCCUGAGGCUCCCAGGGGUUGAAAAGACCCAGGAGAACAUUUGUGGUGGGGUGAAGGGUGGGGGAGGGCGGGGGGAAUUAUGGUUCAAACUCUAGGGACAGGGUGGGCUUGGCAACCACAAGACCCUCCCCCGUAACCAUGGGAACAGGGUCCCUGGCCCACCCCUGCCCUGCACAGGACCUGGUCCACCUGGGCCCUAAGGACUACAUCCCCAGGAGCUCAGCUUUUUUUUCUGCACCUCCAGAAAAUUUCCUGGCUUCAUCCUUGUGUCUGCCUCCAGGAGCAUCCCAGGAAGAAACCAAGCGGGAAUCCCAUCUGCACCAGGGCUCUCUCCUAGCUCUGGAAUUUUCUGUCAAAGGAGGAGGCCCCACUGCAAUCCUGGGGUGACCUCUUUGUGGUGACUGGGGGAGGGCUGCCCCCUGACUGGCUCUCCUUCUGCCCCCCUGACCUCACCCCAGUGUGACCCAGACUGGCCCAAGGCCUCUCUGCAGGGACAGCAACCCCAGACAAGGGGGAGGGGUCACAUCCCUCUGACGUCACCCCUCACCCACCUCCGUCCUCCUGCAUAGCCGGCAGCGAGGAGCACCGGGCCGUCCCCAGCAUGGUGAGCUCCCAGUGAAGCUGCCCUUCCUUUGUGUCCUAACAGAUAAUGACCCCUCCUCCAGGCUGGGUGCUUGCAGCUGUCCCCCCUCCCGACCUCACCCAGAGACCGGCCUCUCCCGCAUCCAGAAGCCUUAUCAAUGACCACCCCCCAACCUUCUUGUAACAGGUGUGCAACUGGCUUGCACUCCUGCCACCCCAACUGCGUGUAGUUCUCCUGUCUACAUAUGAUAUCAUGCCACCUAGUAUCACCGGCUCAGUAAAGACCUGUUUCCAGGA